AUGAUCGUGAUCCUUCUCAGCUGGCUCUGUGCUGUGCAGGCCCAGAAGUUGACCCUUAAGGAGCUGCACACUCUCCACCAAUGGACUAACCUGAGUCUGGGCGAUGAUCAGUCUCUGGGCAAUCGUUUUCUGCCGGUGGACGUGGAUAUUGAGUACGGAGACGAGGGCAGGCAUCGCACCUUCCUUACGAUUCCUCGGUUGGGAAUGGCCACACCCUUCACACUGGCCACCGUGGUAUCAGAUGACAACGAGGUCGUGGAGAAUCCUAGACUGGAGCCGUAUCCUAAUAAAGAUUGGCAUGUUCCUCCAAAUAAUUGCUCGGGCAUUACAUCGGCCAUCAGGACUUAUAUCGACCAGUGCUGGCGCCUCUGGGUGGUGGACUCCGGUCAGGUCAAUUCCCUGCAGUUGUGCCCGCCGCAGGUUUUGACCUUUGACUUGGUCAGGGACGAACUCAUUCAAAGGCACUCAUUGCCUCCAAAUACCUACACUCCCAGUGUAUCCAUUUUUACUGCCCUGGUAGUGGAUCUGGCAGAUAGUGGCACACCCAAUAGAUGCGUGGGCGGCAAGGCCUAUAUAGCCGAUGCCUGGGGUUAUGGCCUCAUUGUAUUUGACUCCUUGACCGGCAGAUCCUGGCGCAUAGAGCACGAGUCCAUGAGACCUUUGGCAUUUGUUGGACUGGCUCGAUCCGGUAGCUCCCAGGCGGGAAUAUUCACAGUGAGCUUGAGUCCCAGCGAAGAAGACGAUCGUUUUCUGUACUUCCACACGCUGAAUGCCUUCAAUGAGGUUAAAGUUUCCCUGGGCGUGAUCAACAACGAAACCUUAUGGAAGACGCCCAAUGUGAGUUCUUUACUUGACGAUCAUUUCCGCAUCCUUGGAACUCGGGGUAUCCAAUGCGAAUCCGAGGUAAUGGAUCAGUCGGGAAAUCUCUUCUGCAGCCUCAUUAGUCUGGGAGCACUCAUCAAGUGGGAGGAGAGCUCCAAUUAUACAGCGGAUGACCUCCGAGUGGUGGCCUACAAUCCGCAUAAGAUCAAGUUCGUCACGGGUCUUAAGAUCAAUCGGAAUUCCCAGGGAGAGGAGGAGCUCUGGGCCCUGAGCAGUGAGCCGAAACUCUUUGUGGGAGGUGCUCUGCCGGAGAACGAGGUCAAGUUCCAAAUAGUUGGUUGCCGCACGGCUGACCUUCUUGCCAAUACGCCCUGUACAGUGGGAGUAACUGAGACGACACCUACUAAAGUAGCAGAUUAA